UGUCCCUCGGACACAGCGGAUCACCGGCCCAUGGAAAGAGCCGAAGAUGUCGGCUCGAUCUUGUGCUCAGUUGUGUCCAAUCACAGCUGAUCACAUGAGAGCCGGUAAUCGGCAUUCCUCAGAGGGGACAUGUACACAGAUCAUCAGAGUACUAAUGACCAGUGUGCCCUGAUGAUCUAUGUAGCCCCAGCAGUGCCACCGGUCAGUGUCCAUCAGUGCCAGCUCUCAGUGCUCAUCCAUGCCACCUGCCAGUGCUCAUCAGUGCCACAUUUCAGUGCCACAUCAAUGCCACAUAGCAGUGCCCAUCUGAGCUGCCUUUCAGUGUCACCCAUCAGUGCCAGUCAGUGCCACCUAUCAAUGCCAGUCAGUGCCACCUAUCAGUGCCAGUCAGUGUGCAUCAGUGCCCGUCAGUGC